UUAAUAUUUUCCAAAUUCAAAAAUUAACCUCUCACAAGCAAAUAACAAAAACGGAUGAAUCAAGCGUUUCGUGAUGCAAGCCCCUCCAUGUUUAUAAACGUUUUCACACAUUCAAUUCAAAAAAAAUUAUAUAACAUUAUUCUUGUGUUUUUAUAUCUUAUAAUUAGUGACAGAAACUCAAAUCAAAGAGAUAUUUAUAUUCAGCAAGUAAUUAAUUAGUUUUGGUCAUGAGGAAAAAACUAAGAGGAAGAUCUGCAGGAGGAACAAUUGGAUCUGAUGUGUUUGACUCGUUGCCGGAUGAUCUUGUUAUAUCUAUUCUUUGCAAGCUCAGUUCUACGGCCUCUUCUCCAUCAGAAUUGAUUGUUGUUCUUCUUACAUGCAAACGCCUAAAUAAAUUAGGCUUAGAUCCCUUAGUUUUAUCAAAAGCAUGUUCAAAAACGCUCUCUAUCAGAGCUAAUAAGUGGUGUGACGGGGCACACCGGUUUUUGAAACUCUGUGUAAAGGCCGGCAACAUCGAGGCAUAUUAUACACUUGGAAUGAUCCGAUUUUAUUGCUUGGAAAGUCGAGGAAAUGGGGCGUCAUUGAUAGCAAGAGCUGCGAUUAAAUCACACGCUCUUGCGUUUUACUCGCUAGCGUUGAUUCAAUUCAACGGUAGCGGAGCGUUGAAAAAUGACGACAAGGACCUUCGUGCAGGGGUUGCUCUGUGUGCCAGAUCAGCAUACCUUGGCCACGUCGAUGCUCUACGAGAGCUCGGCCACUGUCUCCAAGACGGUUACGGCGUACAAAAGAACAUUACCGAGGGCCGUCGCCUUCUUGUCCAAGCCAAUGUUCGUGAACUCGCCUCUCCUCUACAAAUCUUCAACAAGACCCAACCACGGCCCAUGGUUAAAAAUAAGACCGAUUUUAAUAAUUAUGAUUUAUUUACCGACUAUGGGUUCCAUCUAACAGGACAAGAAAUACACCCGGCUAAUAACUUCAUGGUAGAAUGGUUCGGGUCUAGAGAAGAUUCGACCCUGGGUCCCCAAGGUCUUAAGAUGUGUUCAUACAAGGGUUGUGGGCGACCCGAAACUCGAAAAAAUGAGUUUCGAACAUGUUCGGGUUGCGGGAAAGUCAAGUACUGUUCGCGCGGGUGUCAAGCACAUGACUGGAGGGUGUGUCACAAGGUUGAUUGUGCACCCAUGGAGGAAUGGGUUGGUCAUGCCAUUAAUGACCUCGCCGAUGAGGAAGAUAUUAUAAACGAUGAUAAUGUCGCUAUUGACGAUCAAACAAACGAGACUCGACAAGAAGCCGUUGAAGAGAUCCUUGUCUAAAUGUAUCAUGAUUAGUUAGCUAGAUUUUUUUUUCUUAUGUUACGAAACUUACGAUAUUAUCACAUCUUUAUAAUUCCUUGGUACAUAUGUUUAUGGUGAAUAUGAAAGAAACAAGGAAACAGAAAUAAUUUAACCUUUUUAAUCUUUUUUUCGA